AUGUCCUUGGACGAUCUUAGAGAUCAAAUUCUUUCAAAUUUUAACGAGGAAAGCGUCAAAGUCAAUCAAAGACUUUUGGUUGAUAAGGUUUUAGCUCGGUAUUCUUCAGAAUAUGUAGUAUAUCGAGAGUUAAUGCAAAAUUCUGAUGACGCGAAAUCUUCAUGUGUCCAGAUUGUAUUUGAAACGGCAAAUAAUAAAGUUACACGAAUUCUAUUCAAAAAUAAUGGUUUCGCUUUUAGACUUGAGGAUUGGAAUCGAUUAAAGACUAUUGCCGAGGGAAAUCCAGAUGAGCAAAAAAUAGGAGCUUUUGGCGUUGGCUUUUAUUCAUUGUUUUCAUUUUGCGAAAAUCCAUUUGUCUCUUCUGGUGGACAAGGUAUGGCUUUCUAUUGGCGUGAAAACCAAUUAUUUACAAAACAGGGGCCUAUUGAAGAUAAAGACAAAGGUUGGACAACGUUUUUAAUGGAUACAAGAGUACCUAUAGAGUUACCAGACGUUGAAGAAUUCGCACGAUUUUUGGCCAACUCACUGGUGUUUACAGUAAAUCUCCAGGAUAUAUCAGUAUAUUUUAAUGACGCAAUGCCCAUACAACUAUCAAAGAAAAUGCAAGAACCGAAAUUUAUGAACAUCACAUCUGAGUACGAUGUGUUCUCUCCACAAAAGUUAUUUCAUCUUACCUCGGUAGAUGUUAGGGAUGUCCAACUAGACGCUAAAUAUCAAUCAGAGAAAUCAUCAAUAUUUUUUAGAAUUGCUAGUGGAAAUUUGGAUGUUAAAGUCAGUGAUGCAUUCUCUGCCGAAAUGGAACGAAUUGUUAAAAAGAAACCACCAAAUAAGACAAUUAUCCAAAUGAUUUUUACUGGAUUUGAUGAACAUAAUUCAUCUAGUAAAAGUGUUUCUCCGGUCUUUAAAGAUUUAUUUAGAUAUCCAAAUCAAGGAAGAUUGUAUAUUGGUUUCUCAACUCAACAAACUACCGGAUGUUGUUCUCAUUUAGCAGCACGUGUAAUUCCUACUAUGGAACGAGAGUCAAUUGAUUUAGCAAAUAAAACGUUAGCUGAAUAUAAUGGUGAGAUGUUGUGUUUAGCAGGAAAGUUAUGUAGAAUUUUGUAUGAAGAUGAGAUGGAUCAAAUGAAACGAAUAUAUAAUGAGAUUAUCAGCGUAACUAAAGAAGAAGAUAUAAAAUCUAUUCGAGAAUUGCUUGAGAAACGGGCAGCACAUGCUUUAGCGCACUUUACAUUUAAUCCAAGCACACCAAAUGAGCAAGUCGGCAAAAUAAAGGAAUUACAAUUUUUUAAUUGUUUGAAAGAAAAACUGUCGAUUUUAUCAACGAAUGGGGUCCUUCCAAUAUCUGAUGUUCGCAUACCUAAUUCAGAAAUGGUAGGGUUCAUUAAAAUAAUUCCACUUGUUCCUGAAAUUAUAUUGGAACAAUGUGAUUCAUUUUUCAAGAAAGCAAAAAAUACAAUGAAACUUAUAAUAGAGUUGACUCCUCAAGAUGUUUUAUAUGAAUUGAAAAACCGAACCCUUUCUGAAGAUGAAAUGGUUAAACUUUUGAAAUGGUGGAUUUCUUACAAAACAAAGGAAAAUAAUCGUACAGAAGAUAAAAAAGUUACUAAAUCUAAAAAACCAAUGUAUGCUAUUACUGUUGAUCCUACUGUUGAGUUCAUGCGACUUGCACGUAUUGGUAAUAGGCCUUUGAAUACAUUUCGUUAUUUCUUAAAUCCAGGUAUAAUUCCUCCAAAUGUUGAUGUUCCAGAUGAAGUGUUCCCGUUUACUAUUUCUAAAAAUUUAGAAAUUCAGGAUCUAAAAAAGUGGCUUGGGUGGUCAGAACUAGCUUUGGUUGAUUGGGCGAAGUUUAUUGUCAAUAAACCUAAUUUAGAAAGUGACCCUACAUUUGCUAAGAAAGUUCACCAAAUUUUAACAAAAAAUUUAAAUAAUACUUCAAAAGAAAAUAAGGAAAUUAUUCGUCAGUUAUUUGUUCAAAAGAAAUGUAUUCCGACUAGUUUAGGAAUGAAGUUUCCCAAUGAAGCUUAUUUUGAAAAUGUUAAUCUAUUUCCCAGCUUACCAACGAUCGAUUUUGAGAAACCUUUGAGCGUUAAGAAUUUAAUGGAGCUUUUCGGUGUUCGAAAGGUUGUUGAAUUAGGACUCAUUUUUAAUCAUCUUAAUGGCCAGGGAGAUUUUGAUCAUAUGCAACUUUUAAAAUAUUUAGCUUCAAUACAAAAUGAUCUUGAGGAAGAAGAAAUAAAGAUAUUAAAAAACAGACCUAUUUGGCCUAAGGAAGAUUUAACCGAAUCAAAGCCAAAUGGUAGUAGUAAUAGUAAUAGCAAUGGAUGUGAAGAAAUGAAACCAAAACAACGUUUUAUUGCUAGAGAUUUGUAUAUACCUAAACCAUUAUACCGUAAAUUUGGAUUACCAGUGAUUAGUUUGAAAGGAAGAUGGUCUCAUAAUACUCAAGAAGGAAAAUUUUUAAUUUUGUUGGGUUUACAAGAAUAUCCAAAACUUGGGAAAAUUCUGGAAUUAGCAGCACCUUCAACUGAUUCUAAAAUUCGUAGCGAAGCUCUAAAAUAUUUUAUUGAUAAUUUUGGAGAUAAAUAUUUCAAAGAUUAUGACCCAGCGAAAGUAGGCGUUGCAUUUUUACCUUGCUCAGAUCCAGAAAUUUAUGCAAAACCUUCAGAAUGUUUCAUUAAUCCUGAAUGCAAGAUAAUGGAAUUCCGAGUUAUACGCCAAGAUUUACGAUUUCAAGUAGGAAAGCUUGGUGUUAGUCAGAAUCCUAACCGGGAAAAACUUUUAAAUAGGUUAACUCAAGAUCCACCACAAGAUGAGUAUAAUGCAAAGAAAAUAUUUGAGUAUUUAGCAUCACAACAAACACACUUUACUGAUUCCGAUUUGAAAAUGCUUUCUAAUUUCAAAUUCAUUCCAAUUAAAAAUGAAACUCAACCACUUGCCAGUCCAUGUAGUUGUUAUUUAACAACUCAAGAUGAAAUAUUAAAAGAUUUCUUUUUAUAUGUCAAUUUUGGAGAUAUUGCCAACAGAUUUCUGUUAAGUUGUGGUGUUAAAAAAGAACCAACUUUAAUAGAUUAUGCUGAAUUAUUGGUAAAAUCAUCACAUAAAUUGUGGAAUUCGAUUGGAAAUAAUGUAGAUAGUUAUUUAUCUAUUUUAAGAAAAAUUGCCAUUGAUUUUAAGCAUAUUGGUACCAUAGCUCGUAAGCCAAAUUUAGUUGCAGCAAUGAAAGAAGCAUCUAUUUUAGUAGCUAUAAAGAAAGAAUGCCACUCAACUUCUGGUGAUAACAAGGAAUUUAACCGUUCUCAAUUAGCUUCAGCAAAAGAUAUUUUUAUAAAUGAUAAUAUUAUAUACCAACAAAUUUUUAAUCCAUUAACAGCUCCAGAAGAAAAUGACCUGGAAUUUUUGUACAAGAUGUUAGGGUGUAAAUCAUUAAAAAAGUCUGUGAAAGAGACCUCAACCCCAAAAGGCACUAUUCGAGAAACUGAAAGGUCUCAAUAUUUUAAAGAACUAAUUGCAGAAAGGUCAAGUCUAUUCUAUCAUAAUUAUUCUAAACCUGAGAUUGAAAGAGAUGAAGAAUGGCUUAAAAAUAUAAAAGUUAGAGAGAUUGAUUACGUAGAAACGAGUUAUACAUUAGAAAAUAUUGAUCAUAUUAAAAAAAAUAAUACUAGUAUUCUUCAAGAUGAAAAGAAUUUAUGGACUCUUUAUAUAACUACUAGUUCAAAUAUUCUUAGUAUUUCACAACAUCUAGUUAAAUAUAUUUACAAAUUUUAUAACUGGAAAGAUAUUGCAUAUCUUAAUAUGCUUUUAAUAACUCCUUUAUCAAAUUUAAAAGAAAUGGGGUAUCCGGUUGAUCGUAUAUUAAAACAGUCUAACUUACAGUAUAUUGUUGAUCAAAUGGUAGCUAAUGAAGAUUCACAAUAUUCAGAAGCAAAUAAUAUGCCAUACUCAUCAACAUCAUAUUCAGCUUCAUUUUAUCCUGGAAUAUAUAGCGAGAUUAUCACAUUAACAAAUCAGAAAACAGUUAUAACUUUUGAAACUACUCAGCUUCUAAGAAAUUCUUUACAAAAUGCUAUAAAUGACUGUUACUCCAAUUCAAAAGAUAUUGUUAUUAGUCAAUCUAAUUUUACCAACAAACAAACGGAUAUUGAUAACAAACAAAUGGAUAUUGAUAACGAACAAAUGGAUACUGAUAACAAUCUAGUGGAUGAUGAUGCCAAUAAAAAUGAAGCUUUUACUUAUUAUCCAGUUAAUGUAAAAAUUAUCAAUGGAAAUCAAAUAGAUUAUUGUGAAAUUAUACCAGGUAAACUUAUUAUAUAA